CCGACCGCGGAAAGGACGGCUUCGACCAUGAACUGUUGAGCUUAUCACUUCCACGGAGCUAUCGGUGCGCUACGCCUCCGACCCCCGCUCUAGCAUGUAUUAGUGUUUUACAGACUGAAUGCAACAUAGAUCUCAAUUUAAGACUUUUAAUAUUUAAGUGACGGUCCCAGUGUGGUGUAGUUUAAGUUUAGUGAUUAGCUGCCUAAUCUGGAUUUUUAAUUUUUUGGAGUUAUGCUUCCAAUGGUAUAUCACCGUUAAAAGAACCCAAAAAUAGUCAUCAAAAUGAGACUGUCCACCAGCGAAGAAAUCCCCAGCACGACUGUUGGUCGUACCGCAAGUCCAAAUGUAAGUGCAGUGGUCGCCAGUGAUGCUUACGAUGUGACGAGGAUGAGAGAAGAAGAAUUCGAGAGGCUUACAGUGUACAUAGUGCCUGAUGUGCCUUGCGAACGAGGAGUACCGAACAGGGCUGAAAGGACGCUACCUCGCAGCUUGGCAUUAAGACCCUCAGCAGUAUUAUCAACGCCUAAUACACCGACUGAAGGUGUAUGGAGCACUGGUGUUAUCCCACGUGGAACUAGAUUCGGACCCUUUGAAGGGACACGAACUCCAAAUAAACCUAACGACAAAAUAUCUUGGAGAUAUUACUGGAGGGUACAAGAAACUGUCAGGCAUCAUACUUAUGGAAAUAUCAAGAUAUUUAAGGACAGUGACUAUUAUUACCUGGAUGGAUCAGACACAAGCGUUGCGAACUGGAUGCGAUACGUUGCGUCCGCGUACUCCCUCCCAGUCAUGAACCUGGUGGCUUGUCAACACCAAGAGCACAUCUACUUCUACACCAUCAGGGACAUUUUACCGAAUGAAGAACUCAUGGUAUGGUACUGCAAAGACUUCGCAACAAGGCUGGGCUACGACAUCGACCCAGAAAGAGCUACAUAUUCUAUUUGCAAAGAAGAAACUAUCAAAAAAGCAUACGGUUUACCACCAGCUCCAGUCCAUCCGGAAAUUGCCUUAAAUCAUAUGAAGUACGUUCUCGGUCUUACAAAUGCAAAGGAACUACUAGAACCAGAUGUACCGAAUCGUCGGCGGAAACGUGAACCAAGUGAUUGUAAGCCAUAUGAAAAUCUGCCCAGAGAAGAUGCUAGAUAUGUGAUUAAAAAUGAGAGAACUCUGCCAAGAUCUGAUCUUUCUACAAAUAUGAGCCAUCAAAAGCCCGAAAAUUUGCAUAUUAUCAAUGAGCAGAGAGUGUCUUCACCAAACACGUUAAUGCAACCACCUUCUCCGGUCAAAUAUCAUCACAGAGAGAAUCAAACUUUAAUUAUUCAUCAACAUAAAGAAAGCACGUCACACGUAGUUAUCCAUCAGAUGGACCAUCCUAGAAUUUUAGGUAGUAGAUCGCCAGCUCAAGGUCAGCACUUACGAGAUAUGCGGGGACCCUCACCAAUGGCUUUAUCUCAUCAAGAAAAACAUGGAAGUAGAUCGCCAAGUCUAGCACAUUGCGUUCCUUCGCAUUAUGAUCAUCAACUAACACCAAAUGAUGGAUCAGUAAGAUCUGAUGAAGGAUAUCACAGCAACGGCUACCACGAUGAGUUUACUCCACCAGAAGAUUCUAGUGAUUCUGACGUUGAAAAUUACGUUCUGGAUUGCUCAAACAAAACCAAUGAACCAAAAGAAACGGUAAUCGUUCAAAAGAUUGACCAAGACAUGCAUCGAAAUGAAUUUAGGAAAGUAAAGAUAAAAAUGCCAAGGGCUUAUCAAUACCAAACACACAAAGAAAUGGAUUGUGAGAGUGAAAAAGAGCUCAUAAUAGCGGAAGAAGAAGAGAACAUGACUCCACAGAACUUAUCUCCACCAAGACGUGAUUCUGCUUCAUCCACAGUAAUUGUGUUAGAAUCAUCACAAAACACAGUAGUUCCUCUAAAUAAACCUUAUUAUGAAGAUGGUGCCCUAUCGCCUUCCCCGCAACCAGCUUUUAUGAGAUAUACUCCACCAGAUACGAGAAUUUUGGAAACUAUUUUAACUGGUAGUAGGAUUGAUACGAAUAACAAUGAUCCAAGCAGAAGACAGCCGAACGCUACACCACCGCCAUCAUCACCAACUGAAAUGGCUUAUUCCUACAAGAAAAGUCAAAGAUAUGGAAACGUUUGUAGUCCUGAUUCAAGCUCAAACUUAACACCUUUGCCAUCUCUCCUGCCUUUACCCCAACAAUUGCCUGUACCAAAUCCAGUAUCAGUGUAUUCUUCAUCUCCACCACACACGAUACCUCACACAACAGAGAUUAGAGAAAUUCGAGAGAUAAGAGAAAUACGAGAGACACGUUAUGAAAGCCAUUACCCCAAUUAUUCAUACGGUCUAUAUUCUCCACCAAAUUCUACAAUUAUUACCCAUCUGGGCUCUCCACCUUCGACGUACUCUCCAACAGUCACAUCUUCACAUCAAUAUGACAGGAAUCAAAAUGGGCAAGGAAACCACCACUAUCCAUCAUCGACGAGUGUAAUCACUCUUAAAAACUGCUCACAAUUAAGUUUAAUUCAAAAUUCAAACCUAAACGGGCAACUUACGCCUCAUCAUGGAAGUGUUAGCCCAGACGGAUCGUGCAAUCUAAUGAUGUCACCGCUGAGUCCUAAUUCGCAAGCAUCCCGAGGAUACAGAAGCUUGCCAUAUCCUCUAAAGAAGAAAGAUGGAAAAAUGCAUUACGAAUGCAAUGUCUGCUGCAAAACUUUUGGCCAGUUAUCGAAUCUCAAAGUGCAUUUAAGGACGCAUUCGGGGGAAAGACCAUUUAAAUGUAAUGUAUGCAGUAAAUCAUUUACCCAGCUAGCCCAUUUGCAAAAACACCAUCUAGUACAUACGGGCGAAAAACCCCACCAAUGCGACAUUUGCAAGAAAAGAUUUUCAUCGACAUCCAAUUUAAAAACUCACCUGAGAUUACAUUCUGGGCAAAAGCCGUAUGCUUGUGAUCUGUGUAUGCAAAAGUUUACACAAUUCGUGCAUUUGAAACUGCACAAACGUCUCCAUACAAAUGACAGGCCAUACGUCUGUCAAGGAUGCGACAAGAAGUAUAUUAGUGCGUCUGGUCUGCGGACUCACUGGAAGACAACCAGCUGUAAACCCAACAACAUCGAAGAAGUUCUCGCUAUCACAAAUGCUGCCAACACUGAAUGCAUGGGUAACAUCGACAAAGACUGCCACGAGAGAGAGGGACAUGAAAGUUAUGAAGUGCAUUCGGCUUCGCAAGGAGGGAUGACAACCGGUGGGGCUCGCGGUGCAAUGUCGCACGGAGAGAUGAUGAUGGGAGGGCAGGCUCACACUACGACGCCGCACCUCACAGGCCACAACCCGAUGUCUCCCGGUCCCGGCAGCCAGUAUCGUAACCUCAUCCCGUCACAAGAUCAUGAACACUAUACAUCUCCGGGGGCUGAAACAAGACCAACAGUGAUUGAAUCCAAUCAGCCCCUCAUAAUAGAGUGUACCUGAAAUAGAUUUAUUCAACCUUCAUCUUUAAACCAAAAGCUGUUGCCCCUGCAGGAAAGCGUUCUUUCUCGCAGGUUUAUGUGAUUUCAGUCUUGUGAUUAAGUGAAAAUAUUAGUAGUGAAGAGACAAAUGUGUACAUACAUUUGACUCGACAAAGUGGCUAUGACAUUAUGAACAUUAACAUGUACAUUUGUAAAAAAACUAUUUAGAUUAGGCGCAUUGCGAUUUGCGACUUUAAGUACCAAGUACUUGUAGAAUUCGUACAAUAUAAGACUAUUUAGAUAUUAUUUAAGCCCUGUACUUUUGUUGAGGUCUCAGCCUUUUAUACGUUAAUGCUCAAUUUUUGACAAAUUUCUUAUGUAAAUAAGACUUUCGCCAUCGACUCUACAUAAAUUAGACCUUAUUUUUAAAUAUGUAUAUAGAUUGUAUAUAGAAUAAUCUUGCUACUAAAUUUAUAAUUUCAAUAAUUCUUUGUCUUAUUCGAAUCUGCAGAUAACGUAAUAUAUGUUUUAAUUCAUUUUUAUCUGUACUAGAGAUUUCUCUGAAUAUGAUCAAAGCAUUACAAAUAAAUUAUUCAUGAUAAAAACACUCACAAAUAUCACAACAAAAAUCCUGUUUGUAGACAAAUGAACAAUUUUUAUAAUAAUGAACGUAAGUAUUAGUGCCAAAAGCGCAUUCAUUGAAUUAUAUAUUAAGUUAUCCUAAUGAUAUUAUGUAUGUUAGUAAAUUGUUGUUCCUAAUGAAUAAUUGGAGUAUAAGCGCGUAUUGUAAUGUGCAUGAACUUAAUUCUAACGUUACUUAGAUUAGAAUGAACGAAAUGUGUACAUUUUCCCUAUGCUAGAACAAAUGGUGCUUCACAUCGUAGAAGUAUUAAGGUCAGUGUCCGGGGGCCCGGUGCCCCGACUGACCAUUUACUAAUGUAAUUUUACUUCACCGAGUUUACUAGUUACUAUUUUAAAUUAAUUAUCCUUCUCUAAUUAAUUACUAUUCUCCUAUUCGAAAAGGCUGAGAUUAUGUAAUAUAAAUAUUGGCAUGUAAGAACAAUGGAUGCAAAAUUGUCAGUUUAUCCGUCGUUGAAAGCUGUAGGUAACUUUUUGAAAUAUGCCUAAGUGAUGUAAAACCAAGCUAUAGCUUUUUCUAUGUUUCUAAUAUUCUUGCAAAACAAUUUGAUACGCGUUCACAUAACAUUUAUAGCAGUAUAUUUUUUAUCAAAAUUUAAGUACGCUACGAGAUUUCUAUCUGUUAAAAAGUUUAUAAAUUUACAUUCAAUAGGGAUGAAAUUUCUAAAUUUUUCAACGUUUACACUAUGUUAAAAGCGAUUCUAUUUUCAUACAAUUUGUAGUUCAUAAGAUAUAAAGGUUACGUGACUUACUCAAAACUUUAUAAAACAAAUCGUUUUUAUUACAAUAACGAUUAAAAGUAUAUCUAGCAAGCAUCUACUUGACUUGACUAAUAUUAAAUUUGUAUGUAUGUAUGCGCAAGAGCAAGAUAUGUUCAUUUGUUCGUGAGUGAGUAUUUGAUAAUUUUGCAAAUCAAUAAUUUUACUGUCGUUAUCGAGUCUAUUAAUUCUUAUACUUAUUUGUUAUCUACUGUUAUAGCUAUUUGAAAGUUUAUAGAAAACACAACAUGUCACACUGUUAUGUUAAAAAAAACUACAUUAUUGUUAUUUUGUAGGUGUUAAUUAUAAAUAUUUUCCAAUCCAAAUCAAUGUUCAAUAAAAUACGAAAGAUGAGUACACCUCGUCAAUUGUAAAUUGUCGGUUAAGUAGCUUCUGGCGUUCUGGCAAAUGAUAUUAAAAAUAUAAAACUAUGAGACUUAAAUAUCAUAAAAGAAAAAUGCCAGAAUCUAUACCUUAAUUAUGUAUCAAAUAUAUAAAUAUAACAGUUCGUUGGAAAAGCAAUAGAUCAUUUCCUUGCCACACGCCAGCCAGCCGAUUGCUUACAUAUUGGCGGGAGUUUUCAUAUACUUUUACGAAAACAUAUUGAAUUGUAAUUAUGGCAUAAACAUACCGGCCCUGGUAACGCACAAUGAGUAACAAUUAACUUAGUUAUUUUUAUAUUCAAAUGAAGCAACAGUGUUAAGGUAUAUGUUUUGGAACAAUAAUAGUACAAGUUAUUUUUACAGAAACGUGAAUUAUUUUUAAUCUGUGCUUAUAUAUCUUUUGUUUCUUUCAGUGUAAAUAUGUAAAUUCUGGUAUUUUCGAAACUACGUACCUAUCUUAUAAUAUUACAUUUUAUAAAAAUCACUGUUAAGUCAUAUACGAUCUUAAAAAUUUGAAUAAAACUUAUAACUUAUAUACCUAAGAUAAUAUUUUACGUAAUAAUAUAAGUACAUACAACACAUGCAUGAACAAAGAAAACAUAAAUUAAUUGUAUCGUACCUUGUACUCUCGGCUACAAAUUCAAUAACUAUGUAAGAAGUUGAUGUAUUUGUUGAAUAUGCCAGAAAUACUUAUAACCAUUAUAAAGGCCUGUAAUUUUGUACACUAUGAUCGACGGUUAAUAUUUUUCAACACCAAAUCGAUUAAAACAGAAGAAAAAAUUGA